AUGCUGGAGUCCCUCUGUGUCACCGAAAAACUUCACUGGCCUAAGACAGAGCUUUCUAGGAAAUCGGUCUUGAGUCUGGAAGUACAUAAGCUGAAUGCUAAUAAUGCAAACAGCCUUCAGCAUCCACCUUCUGGCAUCCUUAAGGACAUUUUCACAACAGGAACCAGUAGCUACAACGUCCUUCUGCAGAACAAAGAGGAGAAAAAACACCAUGCUCAAAAGCAAUCGUGUGCCCACCACAAGAAAGCCACCAAGUGCUCCUCUAGCUCGUGGGGCAGCGAGCACCGUCGAGUGAAGGUGCCGCUGCCCUUGCUGGGCGGGUGGUACUGCUGCCCCAGGCAGCCGCCCCUCCUCGGCACCGAUCCCACGGCCACCGGCCUCAGGUUCGCCAGCAGCACCUCGGCUGAGGGAAGUGCCACCGCGCUGCCACCGCGGUCCAGAAGCAGAACUAAAAAGCAUUCUAGUCUCACAAAGCCAAAUCAGUCCCACUCCUCAAAAAGCCAUGGGAAGGAUAGUGAUGCCGCUGGACAAAAGCUCUGUUUACUGACUGCAAUCAAGCCGUCCAAUGUGGAGAAGGAGAAAUUAAAAUUUUUCAACUCCGAUUUCACGUACAAUCCUCAAUUUGAAUAUGAAAACCCUGCUCUGCCAAAUGUUUUAGCAAAGCACAGCCAUGCAUCUGACAGAUUUCUUAAGCAGUCCAUUAAUAUUAUGGAGCGGACAUUGCAGAAAUAUGGAAGCUAUGAAAAAUUUGAACAGGCUGCUGGAGGCAGCUUGCUGACCAAAAGUCGCAUCUGGAAUCACGUCAGGAAGUACAUGGUAAAAGAAGGCUGUCUUGGUGAGAUUGUGGUCCAUCUCACAGAGGACCUGCUGUCCCGAGCCUCCAUGACCGUGGUGAACGGCCGCCCCACUCUCACCAUCAAUGUCUCCACUGCGCGAGAGCACUGGCUGGAGGGGAUGCUGAGACAUGAAAUAGGAACUCAUUACUUUCGGGGUUUUAACAACAACAGCCAGCCUUGGUGCAACCGUAAUGGACGUAGAAAACAUGGGUUGAAACCAAUCAACCCUACAGAAGAGGGGCUAGCGAGCAUUCACAGUGUCCUGUUCCGCAAAGACCCUUUCCUUUGGAGAGCUGCCCUGCUCUAUUACACAGUGUACCAGGCCAGCCAGUUGUCCUUCAGUCAGCUUUUCCAGGACGUGGGGAAAUUUGUCAAGGACCCCAAUACUAGGUGGGAUUACUGCGUACGUGCCAAGAGAGGAUGGGCUGACACUUCACAACCAGGCUGUUUCAAUAAGGACCAGGUGUACUUGGACGGAAUCCUCCGAAUCCUGAGAUACAGGGAGUCAAUUGAUUUUCAUCUUCUGACAGCCCUUGGAAAGAUCUCAUAUGAGGAUGUGGAUCGCCUGAAAGGAUUAGCUGUGAUUGAGAACAUGAGGGUGCCACACUUUUUGCAAGACCAUGCCCGGUACAUGGAACACUUGAAAAAGAUCAUGGAAGUCAAUGAGCUGACUGAUGAGGAGCUCCAGGAUCUCAUAAAUUAA